AUGGUUCCCAAUGUUGGCACGCUACAUGAGGAGGUGGCAUUGAUUGCCCAGAAGGCAAACCGACACAUCCUCUUGGAGAAGCCAAUCUCUGUUUGCAUUGCAUCUGGGCAACGUAUUUUGCAGUCACAAGGCCCUGAGAAGGUCUUGGCGGUGGCAGAGAAUGCCCAAUACUGGCGCGAAGUGGUGGAAGCCCAGCGACUCAUCCAAAGUGGCGCAAUUGGUGACGUGCUGACAGUGAGAGCCAAGUUCUGGGAAAGCGCCCAUCCAGCAUUGAACGAAUGGGCGGCUGAUGGGUCCUACGAGGCAGGCAGCUUCAUCGCUGACGCAGCGGAAGGCUUCGUCUUUGAUGGGGGCCUGCAUUGGCUGCGGCCCCUGCGAAUGUUCCUGGGGAAGGCCCAAUCCGUUUCAGCCGUAGCUGGGCGGGCGUUGCCACACAUGCGUGGUCCUGGGAUGACUCAAGCCUUGAUUUGCUUCGAGUGCGGUGUUACUGCGGUCUUCGAAGCAAUCUUAGCGCCUGGUGCAAUUUCAGAGCAACCCUUCUUCGUGAUACAGGGUACGAAGGGUGAAGUGGUGCUUGAUGGGUUUGCUGGGGGUGGCCGCAUUUACUGCAUCCAAGAUGGAAAGAUGAUGGAGCAGGACAUCAACCGGGACUAUUCUGGACCCGUUGGAUGGGACACCGGAUAUGCGGGAGAGAUGCGUGACUUUGCCCUGGCCAUUCGACAGAAGACAGCCUUGGCAGCAGCACCACAUGAAGCUCUGGAAGAUCUGAGGCUCAUGUUGGCAAUCAUGAGGGCUGCAAAGACUCGGCAGUGGCAAGUGGUGGCUGACGUGGAUCCAGAAUUGGACAUGGAAAGCCUUCAGCUUCAAGUGUGA